GAAAUGGGUUAAUAAACGAGGCUGAAUUCCUGCAAUGGGUUGGGCGCAUUCAGGCGAUACGCGACGAACAGCAACAACAGCAUGAAGAAAAUGCAAGUAAACCAGAAGAGAAUGAUGAUGUCACCGAAGAUUUAAUCGCCGCAUUUAGGGUAUUUGAUCGGGACGGCAAUGGUUUCAUUACCCGCGACGAACUACAAACCGCCAUGGAGAUGAUUGGCGAACCUCUCUCAGAAGCACAACUCACACAAUUAUUGGCUAUUGCCGAUUUGGAUCAAGAUGGCCGAAUUAAUUACGAAGAAUUUACGAGA